AUGGAGAAUCAAGCGGCAUGGUUUCUCGCCAAGGGCGAAGGCCUCAAGAUUGGCCCUGCAGAAAUUCCACACCCUGGUGAGGGUGAAAUUGUGAUCGAGAACCGCGCUGUUCCCCUCCAUCCUGCAGACUGGAAGCUACAGAAAGGCAUUCUGCCGAUUCCGUUGACGCUACCCACGGUCCUUGGCAUGUCUAUUGCAGGCCUUGUCCAUGAAGUGGGACCUGGCGUAACUCGAUUCAAGAAGGGCGACAAAGUUCUCUCUAUCAGCGCUUUUGUCUUACACGACAAACCCAAAUAUGGCGCUCAUCAACGAUUCACUUUGACAUCCGAAGCUUUGACAUGUCAUAUUGGAGACGUCGGCUUCGCCGAAGCUACCUCGGCUGCAAGCGUAUACGCUGCAAUGUCUGCGAUGGUGAUUCAUCUCGGGCUCGACAAGCCAUCGAAAGAUGCAGCACCGAAGAACGAGAACGUCCUCGUUUGGGGUGGGUCCUCAUCAGUCGGAGCUUACGCGAUUCAGAUUGCGUCGCAGGCUGGAUACCAGGUCAUAACAACGGCGUCGUCUAAGAACUCAGAAUACGUCAAAUACUUCCGUGCAGCCGAAAGUUUCGAUUAUCGAUCCCGAACUAUACGGGAAGAUCUGAUUAAACACGGACCCUAUAAAGCUGUGUACGCCGCAGCGGAUACUGCGGCAGACCAGAUCGUUAUAGGCGAUGUUCUAGCUGCUCAAGGCGGAGGAAAGUUUCUGGCUACCAUGGGAGUCAGACCUGGCGUUAAGCUUCCAGAAGGAGUAGAGGGAUAUUUUGUUCAGUAUUUGGAUGACUAUUUGAAGAAAGAGAACGAGGAGUUUACGAAGUGGACAUUUGGUGAGUAUUUGGAGAGGGGAUUGGUGGAGGGGACUUUGAAGCUGGGAAAUGUGGAGGUUAUUGGGGGCUUGGGAAGUGUCCAGUCUGGGUUGGAUCGGCUGAGGGAAGGGAAGCCAUAUCGACCGAAAAUCCACGCUGCCAAAGCACGCGAUUCAAUCCCCCGCUCUAUUAACCCCUUCAAUAUAAACGCAACACGUGCUGAACAACACGAUAGACACGUAAAUCGCGACCGAGGAAAGCGUUAUACGCUUAAACUCUAUCUUGACCGUAAUCGCGAUUUUGACCAUGGAGGCACUAUAGGAAGAGCCAGAGGUCCCGUGUUUACGUUCGCGAAUAAUUACUUGCCGGAGGACUAUCUUGACAGCAUCAAGGAUUUACUGGAGGAAGACAAGGUCAGAUUUGGCGGAAAGGCUCCGAUUCUGGUGGUCGAGAAGUAA